GCUCCCAAGCCCUAGAUGUCCCCCUCCCCCUGCUCCUGCCCCCGCCGCGCCGCCGCCGCCGCCCGCGCCCCGCGCCGAUCCCGCCAGAUCUCGCGCGAAUCGGAGGCCCCGCGCCUCCCCGUGGCCCGAUUCGCCGGGAACGGCGCCGAUUUGAGGCGGUUUUGGAGGUGAGGUGGGGGGGAGCUGCGACUGCGAUUUCGGUGGUCCUGGGCCUUGCGGGGCCCCGUGGAUGGAUGCGGUGGAGCUGCCGUUACCAGCCAAGGUGGAGUUCGGGAAGAUCCUGGCGCCGGCAGCCGCGGUGGAGGUGGUCGACGGGCCCGUCGUCGGAGGUGGUGGCCCCGGAGCCGGGGGCGGGGAGUUGCUCAGGCGCUGCGCCGACACGGAUCGGCGCCACGGUGGUGAUGCGAAGCAGCACAACCAGAAUGCAGAAGGCUUUCCGUCUUAUAGAAGUAAAAGGACAUCUUUGGAAGUCCCUAUGCAGAAAUCUCUUGGUUUUGGCUUGAAGUCUGAAAACGGCAAACGGGAUUAUGUUGCAAAUGAUAUGGUUCAAUCCUUGCAUAAGCAAGAUAGUAAGAUAGUGGCGAAAAAGACCAUAAAGUUGUUGGACGGUCCACCUUAUUCAAAAAGGCCAAAGCUUGAGCCUGUACAAACUGGUAGAGAUGCUGAGGCCAAGGGACAUGAAUUCAUAUCACAGAAGAAUGUGCCUGAUUUGACACCAUGCGCAGCAUCUGAAAAAUCUCGGUUGCUCAAGCAGAAGCGCAUUUCUGAUGCAAAGAGAAUUGAUAAGAAGAAUAUUAGGUCUGGUGUCAGAUCAAAAUAUGAUUGUUUCUCAUCAAAGGCUGGUCUAGCAAAUUUUGAUUCUGGUUUCUCAGGAAACAGCGUACUUGGAGCACAUGGCCUUAAAUCUGAUGUUCGUGACAUCACAAAUCACAUUGAGAACCUCUCAUUGAGUGAACUUCUCGAUGGCACUUACAAGUAUUCCAGCCUGGGAAGAGAUAAAGGAAAGAAGGUAUUGCGCACGAAAGAGGAACUCCUAGUCUCUGUCAGAAAAGCUUUUUCUAUGCUUUCUGACAUGGACUAUUGCCAUGGAAAGGACUCUAAUAUCAUUCUGAGCCCUAAACUUCCUUCUGCAAGCAUUUCUAGCUGUGAUAUCAAGGAGCAAGGUGGUGACAAGCCAUCUUCUUUGGUUAAGGACUCAUCACUAAUCAAUGUCUGUGAUACUGCACUUUGUCAUCCAAAAGAUAUCUUAAGCCGUUUAACCCUUCCUCAUCGACAAGAUCUGGACUCUCUUUUAGCACCUGGAAGUGAGAGCACAGCUGGAGUUAAGCCUUAUAUGCCUUCCAUGACAGUUCAUGGAGCUAGUUUGCCACCAUUUCCUUGGUCACACUCACAGGCUGGGGGCUGUCGGCAAAGUGUUGACUGUGGUAAACAUGGGUCAAGUAGGAGUAACUCCCAGUGGCAGUGGGUACGGGUUGGAUCCAACCUCACUCUAGAUUUUGAAGAUACGUCUGUCCAUAGAAUUGAUGAUCUCCUUCAAGAGAUGGAUGCAGCGAAAUUAUUUAUAACAGAUUCAUGUGAUGGGCAAUAUAAUUUGUGUGGCACGGAAUCAACUUCCGGAUCACUUGUACAAAACAUUCACUCAAGAAAAAUUGGGGGUGAGCAUGGUUCUCAGCAACUGCAACCCCUGGAUCAUGUUGACUCUUUAGAUGGUUUCCAGAAGCAUGACAGUGAACAUUCUCUUUUAAAAACUUCUCAAGUAUCGCCAAAGAUACAGCGUGCUGCUGAGAUCUUAUGUGAUAUGAAAAGAAGCACUGAAUCAUGGAGUGGCCAAGGAUACAGCAAUGGGGCAAUUAAGUGGCCAAAAUCACCAUCUGAAAAAGUGAUGAAAGCCCGGAAACCCUCAUCCCAGUUUGGUACAACUGAGAGCUCAUCAGGUUCUCGUAACAAUGAUGCAACUUGGAAUGGGAGCAGUCACUCUACCAAGAAAAUUGUUGACAGGAAAAAUGAUUCUUCACGCUUGAAUAACCCUAAGGGAACCAUAAGGUGGCCCGUGCCUGUUGAAGAUGGUGCGUCUCCUGUCAGGUCCGAGCGGGGUCUUAUGGUCGAUAUGAGGCAGCCCCAUGGAAACGGCGGAAGGCUUCCGGUCCAGGUGUCAUCACAGGCACGGCUUGAGAAAGAAUAUGAGAACCAGCAGAAGUUGAGGAAAGCAACACUGACCUCUUCUCUGGGAUCUGCAGGAGAUUGGAAUAGGGAGAGGAACAGGAGAAUGUGAAGUGUACAUUAUUCAUGUCAAAAUCAUAGGCUACCGGUAUAUCGUCUGGGGGACAGCGGAACCAGGCAACUGUUUCAUAAGAGGUCACAGAACAUUGGGAGAUGUGAUAAUUUAGGUGGCGCGUGAUGUAUCUAUUGGGCCAUUUGUUGUUGGGGAAACUGUUGUAACUAGUGUAAUUUCUUUUUUUUUCUUACCAUUAUAUCACAGGGUCUCGUCUCACUAUUGUCCGUUGUGUAUUACUAGUAUGUGUCAAGCUUUUCGUAAAAGUAAUAAUUGCAGGCGAGGUAAUUGCAUUCCAGGCGCCAGCCCUCAAUAGUUUACGUUUUGCUCA